AUGCCUUUCCUCCACCCCUUUGUCGUCAGCGCGCAGCUUGCUACCGUUCUCGCCGUUACAGUGCCCAAAACACUUGAUACCAGUGAUUUGGCCCUACUUGAAAAUACUGCCAAUUCUAUCGGAAAGGCCUUCGAGGAAGUCUCCACUCUUGGAAAUAUCAAGAAGAGAGUUCUUAGAGCUAUUUACGCUAGUUCAAUUUAAUAUACUUCGAGUGGAGUGCCCCGGGAACGGGGUCAAAGAAGAAGAACAUGGCCAGUCCAGAUGCCUUAGAGACUACGGAACAGAUAAUCAAGAAGAGAUAUAUCAAGGAGAGGGUUCCCUCAUCUGUAUCACGAACUCCACCUCAUCAAAACAUGCAGCAUCAAAAAACCCACCUCCAAGUAGCAAGUCUAAGAACCUAG